AUGUCGGACUCCCCCCAAUCUCCUCCCAAGGAUGUCGACCAAGGUGUACAAUCACCGGAAGAGGAACAAAUGAACGAGGCUCAAGACCCACAGUCCGCUGGACUCACCUAUGAAUUCGAGGUCAAGGAGCAGGACCGCUGGUUGCCCAUAGCCAAUGUUGCCCGUAUCAUGAAGAACGCGCUCCCUGAAAACGCAAAGAUCGCCAAGGAAGCCAAAGAAUGCAUGCAAGAAUGUGUCAGCGAGUUCAUCUCCUUCAUCACGAGCGAAGCCUCGGAGAAGUGCCACCAGGAGAAGAGAAAGACGGUGAAUGGGGAAGACAUUCUAUUCGCCAUGACGUCUCUAGGAUUUGAGAAUUACGCAGAGGCUCUCAAGAUCUACCUCUCCAAAUACAGAGAACAAUCCCAAUCCAACAGGGGAGAGAGCUCGCAUCGCCCAGGCAGCAGCGGUUACGGCGCCAAUCCGCCAACCGGAGCAGGAAGCUUCCAAGCUGAGCCUCAAAACAGCGUGCUCGGAGGUCAGCAGGGAGACGGUACCGCCGAUGCUCAGGGCUACAUGUACGGCGCGCAGACUGGACACAACGGCACCGGCGGCGCCGACGGGUACCAGUAA